GAUAGAGAUCGCGGGUUCGACCAACUGAAGGCGCCGCGCGACUCGGUGAUACAAGUUCGGAUGGAUCCGAGCGAGGCUCUGGCGCUCGCAGGAGCGUCCGCGCGGUGACUGGAGUCCUGGGUGGCGUGGGGCUCUCGGCGCCUUUUGUGUGUGGCUCUCUCGGGCCGCGGAGCAGCCGGGUGCUCAAGGCGUGGUGGUUUUUUGUUUUUUGUAUUUUUUUUUUUUCUCACCCUGACUGGUUACCCCAGACUCUUCGCAGAUGUUAGUUCACAGUUUUUCAGCUAUGGACCGUCACGACGGCACCAGCAACGGGACGGCACGGUUGCCCCAGCUGGGCACUGUAGGUCAAUCUCCCUACACCAGCGCCCCGCCGCUGUCCCACACCCCCAAUGCCGACUUCCAGCCUCCCUACUUUCCCCCGCCCUACCAGCCUAUCUACCCCCAGUCGCAAGAUCCUUACUCCCACGUCAACGACCCCUACAGCCUGAACCCACUGCACGCCCAGCCACAACCGCAGCACCCGGGCUGGCCCGGCCAGAGGCAGAGUCAGGAAUCUGGGCUCUUGCACACGCACCGGGGGCUACCCCACCAGUUGUCGGGCCUGGACCCUCGCAGGGACUAUCGGCGGCACGAGGACCUUCUGCACGGCCCACACGGGCUCGGCUCCGGCCUCGGAGACCUCCCUAUCCACUCUUUACCUCACGCCAUCGAGGACGUCCCGCAUGUAGAAGACCCGGGUAUUAACAUCCCAGAUCAAACUGUAAUUAAGAAAGGCCCUGUGUCCCUGUCCAAGUCCAACAGCAAUGCUGUCUCCGCUAUCCCUAUCAACAAGGACAACCUCUUCGGUGGCGUGGUAAACCCCAAUGAAGUCUUCUGUUCAGUUCCGGGUCGCCUGUCGCUCCUCAGCUCCACCUCGAAGUACAAGGUCACAGUGGCGGAAGUACAGAGGCGCCUCUCACCGCCCGAGUGUCUCAACGCGUCGCUCCUGGGCGGAGUGCUCCGGAGAGCAAAGUCUAAGAAUGGAGGAAGAUCUUUAAGAGAAAAACUGGACAAAAUAGGAUUAAAUCUGCCAGCAGGGAGACGCAAAGCUGCCAAUGUCACCCUCCUCACAUCACUAGUGGAAGGAGAAGCCGUCCACCUAGCCAGGGACUUUGGGUACGUGUGUGAAACUGAAUUUCCUGCCAAAGCAGUAGCGGAAUUUCUCAACCGACAACAUUCCGAUCCCAAUGAGCAAGUGACAAGAAAAAACAUGCUCCUGGCUACAAAACAGAUCUGCAAAGAGUUCACUGACCUGCUGGCUCAGGACCGAUCUCCCCUGGGGAACUCGCGGCCCAACCCUAUCCUGGAGCCUGGCAUCCAGAGUUGCUUAACCCAUUUCAACCUCAUCUCCCAUGGCUUCGGCAGCCCAGCGGUGUGUGCAGCGGUCACCGCCCUGCAGAACUAUCUCACCGAGGCCCUCAAGGCCAUGGACAAAAUGUACCUCAGCAACAACCCCAACAGCCACACGGACAACAGCGCCAAAAGCAGUGACAAAGAAGAGAAACACAGAAAGUGAGACUCUGCUCCUGUCCCUGACCCUGCCCACCUCACCGGCCCGCGCCCCCCUCGCCCCUCCCCCACCCGGCAGGUGACAGCUCCCGGACCAGCCACUCCUACUGCUGCUGCUACGCUGCGCUGCCGCGCGCCGCCCUCCCCCCCCCCCCCCCAGAAUCCUCGGGACUGCUCCCCUCGACUGCCAGAGAGGCAGCCCAGUCGCUGCCUACUCAGCGCCCAGCCUCAACUUCUACAUCAGCACCAACACCCCCUUACCCUCAUGUGGAGCCUAAGAGAACAGAACAGGUUGUGAAGCCAGCAAAGAAAAGUUCUGUCGCGUUUGUGAACAAUUUUUUUUAAAAAAAAAAUAAUCAAAUCAACAACAAACAUUAAAACUUUUUUUCUAAAAAAAAGAACGUUAAAAAAUUUACAAAGUAUAUGAGCUUCAUGGGACUAACUCAUCGCCUUCCCUUGCAUACUUCAGAUUGUAGCCAUACUUUAAAAAAAAAAAAAGGCAAAGAGGAUAAUGACAUUUUUAUCAGUAUUGUGAAUAAACUUGAACACAAAUACAGAAGUUCUAUGUCCUGUCUUCAGUUGUAGAAGUUGUCUCUGCAAGGUACAACCACCCACUUGAACUUUUUCCUCUGAUGACACACGCCACACUUCUUCUAUAAGGGAAUCAGUGUUCACGUAUCUGUAUAUAUUUAUUUAUGUGUAAUUUAAUGGGAUUUGUAAAUAUGGUGAGUCUGUUUUAAACCUUUUUUUUUUUUUUUAAUUUAUCUGGUGAUCUCGUUUACCUCCUGUUUAGUGGGUUUUGGAUUCUCCCCUCUUAGUUCUUCAUGUGGUUUUACCUACUUAGAAAUCCAAGGUUUGGGUGAUUGCUCCCCCUUCCCCAC